AUGUGUGUGCAUGCAGGAGCCAGGGUUUUACACCAUUUAUCGUCGGACACAUAUUGGCCCCAAAAGCACAUUAGCAUCGUUUGGGAUAAAAUACUCUACUGGUGGUAUUCACCCAAAGCCCAGACAACAGUGAUCCAGGGACAUUCACCAUUGCAGCAAGGAAACUGCUGGACCUUUUCAGGAGAACAAGGACAUUUAUUCAUCUCCCUUUCCCACCCCGUCUCCAUCACUAAAGUGACACUCGGCCACAAUGCAAAGAGCCAGGCCAUCCACGGACACAUCGGAAGUGCACCGAGGGAGUUUGCAGUCUACGGACUCAGGACAGAAGACGAGGAGGGAACCUUUUUAGGGACGCUAUUUUACGAUCAAGACGGAGCAGCAUUUCAGACUUUCGACCUGCCUAAUCCAGACCAAGAAGUCUUCAGACAUGUGAUUCUACAGAUCGACAACAACUGGGGAAACAUGGACUACACCUGCCUCUACAGCUUCACGGUUCACGGUGAUGUGAUGGGUGGAACAUAUGAAGUUCAACGAACAGAGAAUACAAUUAAUAAUUAA